AUCAGCGGAACAAGCCAGCCAUGAGAGCGCAAAUCGAAGUCAUUCCUUGUAAGAUCUGCGGGGACAAGUCCUCGGGAAUCCACUACGGCGUGAUCACCUGCGAGGGAUGUAAGGGGUUCUUCCGCAGGAGCCAGCAGGGGAAGCCAAUUUACUCCUGCAGCCAGCAGCAGAGUUGCCAGAUCGAUCGCUCUAACAGGAACCGGUGCCAGCACUGCCGCCUGCAGAAGUGCCUGUCCUUGGGGAUGUCGCGGGAUGCUGUGAAGUUUGGCCGGAUGUCCAAGAAGCAGCACGAUAUCAUCCAGGCCGAGGUGCAGAAACUUCGACUGAGAGAGCAAAGAUCAGAGGUGUCUUCUAUCCUACAGAGAACAGAACCUCAGGUGGAUCAACCAACGUCUCCUGAACUGGCUCAUACCAUCCAACAUUCAAUAUGGACAGGCCACGGCCGGUGGGAGUCUUCCUGCUCCGCUCGUUCGUGUUCAGCACCAAGGACACAGUCGCAGAAGGAGCCUCUUGUCCUCCACCACGGUACUCCAGAAAAGACCCAGUCAGAAGCUUUGCUUCGAAAAAGCUACCUCAGAGAGCAGCAACUUCACUUGGAGCACACGCGACCAAGUGUGUUUCAGAGCAUGGAGUCUUACUGCAACAUCAAUUUUGGCAGUUGUCUACUUCCAGAGUGCCUGAUUUCUGCAACAGAGCUCGAGCUUUUGACGCAGAACGUAGUGUUUGCCCACCAAGAAACAUGCCAGUUCAGACAGGAGAACCUACACUUGCUGCGCUGGGAAACCUUCUCUACAACAGAGUUGCAAAGCUUCCAUCAUAAGCCGAUGGACCAAAUGUGGGAACGCUGUGUAUGUCACAUCACCAAUGCCAUUCAGUAUAUCGUGGAAUUUGCCAAACGGCUUAGUGGAUUCAUGGACUUGAACCCAAAUGACCAGAUUGUACUCUUGAAAGCAGGUGCCAUGGAGUUACUGCUUAUAAGGAUGAGCCGAGCAUUUAACUGUUACAAUAACACUGUAUUCUUUGAAGGCAAAUACGCUCAACUUGAACUCUUCCAUUCCUUGGGGUGCAUCGAUCUCAUCAGCGGCAUGUUUGAUUUGUGCCAUAUCCUGGGAGCAUUGAAUCUCUCUGAACACGAAAUGGCCUUCUACAGUGCCAUGAUGCUAAUGGAUCCCAGCCGACCCUGGCUACAAGACAAGCCGAAGGUGGAAACUCUUCACAGAAGGCUACAGUUGGCCUUCAGGAACCUACUGCGGAGGACCCAUCGGGAGGGCAUAAUAAGCAAGCUUCCACACAAGGAAAGGCUGUCUGAGAUUUGCCAGCUUCACCUGGAAAAACUCAAUGUCUUCCGACAGAUGUACCCGGGCAUAGCGUGGGAGAGGUUCCCUCCACUGUACAAGGAGCUUUUCAUCUCUGAACCAGAAAAUUCAUGA